GGUUUGAAUUGAUUUUUCUUCCAAAUCGUUAUGCAAAGGGAGGAAAUUGUUGAUCUCGUCAAUUACCAUGAGCCAUCUUGUAUAGCUGCCUCCAGCAGUCUCAAAUCUGGUCUACAAAUGAGUGACAGUCAUGUGUUAACUUUCGUUCCUUUGAUGCCUUUUGGAUUGAUAGGAGGAGAUGGAGGGUCGUAUUCGGGAGAAAUCGACCACACCGCUUUUCUCUCCGACAACAUUGGCUCAUUGUUUCUCAAUCCAGACUUCUCUGAUGUUGUAUUCAAUGUGGAUGGGGAGAAGUUUCCAGCACACAAAGUGUUGCUUGCAGCACGCAGUGAAUACUUCAGAGCUAUGCUGUACGGAGGCAUGAAAGAAAGCGAUGAGGGGGAGAUAGUCCUUAAUGAAACAAGCGUUUUUGCAUUCCGAAUAUUGCUGAGAUACAUAUACACUGCGAAGCUGACUUUGCUUGAGUUCAAAGAGGAACAAGUGAUGGAGAUUCUUGGGCUUGCUCACAAAUACGGAUUUGUAAAGCUUCAAAAUGCCAUAGCUGAUUAUCUGAAGGCAAUACUCAGCAUCAGGAAUCUGUGCACGAUCUUCAACAUAUCACAGCUCUACUGCUUAAAUGACCUAACUGAAUACUGCCUGGUGUUUGCAGAUCAAAAUGCAUCGGACGUGUUGUCAACACAGGGAUUCGUGCAGUUGUCCCUAAACGCUGUCACUCAGUUAAUAGCUAGAGAUUCUUUCUGUGCUUCAGAGAUCGACAUAUUCUGUGCUAUUCGAGAUUGGGUGAAAGCGCAUCCAGACAUGCAGUCUGCCGCUGCCGAUGUACUAACGAAAUGUUUGCGCCUUUCGCUGAUAAGCCAGAGAGAUUUGUUGAAUAUUGUGCGCCCGUCUGGUCUAUUUCCUCCCGACACCAUAUUAGAUGCUAUCGAAGAACAGACGCAAAAACGGACAACCGACCUCACUCAUCGCGGUUUUUUGACUCCAAAUACGAACAUCGCGACUGCUCAGCUUGGCGCUAUCGUUAUUGCCGGUGAAGCACCAAAUGUACUGCUCAGUGAAGCUGGAGGUAUUCCCCAAGAUGGUGAUCGUAGUCUUACUCGUCAUGCUAUUGGAGAUGAAGAAGGAAUCAUCGUUCAACUUGGGCGACCUUACAUAAUCAACAAAAUUAUUCUGCAGUUAUGGGAUCGCGAGACCAGAAUGUACUCGUACUAUGUUGAGGUGAGCAUGGAUCGUCGCGAUUGGGUACGUGUGAUUGAUCAUUCGAAAUAUCUCUGUCGUUCACGUCAGACUUUAUUCUUCGAGUCUCGAGUUGUCAGAUAUAUCCGAAUAGUCGGCACUCACAACUCUCAAUCCAACCGCAUGUUCCAUCUGGUUGGACUGGAAGCACUGAACUCAUCUGAUGAGUUCCACAUCGAUCCAAAAACGACGUUGUUGAUCCCAACAACAAAUGUUGCAACCAUCGAAAACAACGCCUUGGUCAUUGAGGGUGUAUCAAGGUGUAGAAAUGCGCUUUUGAAUGGGCAGACCACUGAUUAUGAUUGGGACAAUGGUUACACUUGCCAUCAGCUCAACAGCGGCGCGAUCACCGUGCAGCUGCCUCAACCAUACAUGAUAAAAACAAUGAGAUUGUUGCUGUGGGAUUGUGACGAUCGUUAUUAUUCCUACUAUGUUGAAGUAUCAGUGGAUCAAAUCAAUUGGGUGAAAGUGAUUGAUCGAAGGAUCAAGCAGUGCAGGAGCUGGCAACUUCUUGAACUUCCUGCAGCUGUUCCUGUCGUGUUUGUGAAGAUUGUCGGAACCCACAAUUCUGCCAACGAAGUGUUCCAUUGUGUUCAUUUCGAAUGCCCAGCUGACCCGAAUGCUCCACCAGUCGAUGAACGAUUCUCCUGCUUAUUCCUUGCCGCUUCUGAAUCCCGAACUCGCUUGCUGUAUAUAAUGGCUGAUGUAGAUAGGUUUUAUCUUUUGUUGUAUUAG